CAGUUGUGCGCCUUAACUUCUUGAUGCGUCUUAACUGCGCAGUGCAGCCUCGUGGUUUUCACUGGCAUCGCUAAGCAUCGUUUCCAUCGCUCAGUUUUCUUCUGUAAUCUCGAUAUUACUCGUUCAUCGGUCAGUAGAAUAGAGUUUUAAUUUGAAAGCCACAUUCUCUGUCUUCCGGUCUCAUCCUUUCUAACCCUUACAGCUGGAGGCAUCUGUCCACCCAGCCGGCCAGCCAAGACGCGCACCCUCUCUCCGGUUACAUCCGCUGCCCAUAGGCUAGAAGACGCCAAUUAGAAAAGCAGGAGCGAGUUACGCGCACUUACUGAACUUCACCUGUUUUGGUUUUUCUCUUCUUGAACCCCCCCUCUGUCCUCUGUCACGAUUCCUCCCCAGAGCCGCUCCUCGGGUUUUUUAUCUUCCAUUGGUCCCCGAACGGCGCGGAGGAAGUGGUCCGUGGUGUUUCUGGUGACCGCCGUCGCAAUGGUUUUGUUAGUUCUCGCCAUCGCUGUCCCAUUACUGCUGAUCCGCACCUCUAAAACCACUGCUCAUUACUAUGAGAUGAUGGGCACCUGCCGGAUGGUUUGCGACCCGUACAGUCCCAAACCGGGAGGCGCCACGGCCAUGGAGGUGAUCCAGAACCUGAACGGGGCGGCUCCGCUGCCGCCGAUGGCGCAAGGGAGCCGCGGGGAGCCAGGGCGCCCGGGUAAACCGGGACCCAGGGGCCCACCGGGCGAACCGGCCCCUGGUCCCAGGGGCCCACCGGGAGAGCGCGGCGACGUAAAACUAUCCUUCCCUGCGCUGACCGGAGCUGCGGGGGGUGACAACGGCGAGACAGAGGGGGCGAACGCCACUGCGAGCGGUUUCAGGAUCGCUUUCUACGUCGGUCUGAAAAAUCCGCACGAAGGAUAUGAGGUGUUAAAGUUUGACGACGUGAUUACAAACUUGGGGAACCACUACGAUCCGAGCACCGGGAAGUUCACCUGCCAUGUGUCCGGGAUCUAUUUCUUCACUUAUCAUGUGCUGAUGCGGGGAGGAGACGGGACGAGCAUGUGGGCCGACCUGUGCAAGAACGGGCAGGUUCGAGCCAGUGCCAUAGCUCAGGAUGCAGACCAGAACUAUGACUACGCCAGCAACAGUGCCGUGCUGCAUUUGGACUCUGGUGACGAGGUCUACGUCAAGCUCGACGGCGGCAAAGCUCAUGGAGGAAAUAAUAACAAAUACAGCACGUUCUCUGGUUUUAUCUUAUACCCCGACUAAUCACGCUGCAGCACAUCCUUGGACACUCACUGAAUAUAGUUUACAGUAAAGAAUAUGAUCAACUCGGUUUCUGUUCUUUUGAAUAGGUGCAACAUUAGCGGCUUUAUCUGCAACUUGUUGUUCUGUUACUUCAGUCAAAGAUCCUUUUUGUAUAUUUAUUUGAACUUAAGUUCAACUGGAGGUUGCUGUCAUUAGUGCGUGUGUGAUACCUUAGUGUGAAGAAACAAAUGCUCCAGGUAAUUUAGAGCAUCCCUGGGAGAAAAUAUUACCUGAGCUCCUUUCUGAAAUUCUGUGGAGGCAACAGGUCUGAAGACGUAAAGCUAACAACUGGAUGCUUACAGGCUGAGAGGGUCUUCUGAAGCCACUUGUGUGUUAAAAGUAUGCAGUAUUUCGAAGACAAUAUGAAGAAAUCAAGAUGUAAACUGAAUGUCAGAUAAGCAGUUUUCAGAGUAUAAAUUAGCCAGUAAUGUUUGCCCUUGUGGCCUGUCAAUAGCAGCAGUGAAAACAUUCAUGGCAAAAUCAAUCCAUUCAGUGAGUUCUGACCUUUCAGGGAGCUGGAGGUGGAAAAGAAGGACGCUGUUGUAGUUUUAUUGUACUGUCCAGCUUUAUUUAACUUCCUCUAGUAGAUUAUGAGCAAAACUCAAAAAUCAUAGUUUGUGGAAAGUUAAAGGGGAUAUCUCAUGUUCAUUUCCAGUUCCAUAUUUUAGUCUUGCAUUCAAGUAGAGUAGAUUUGCAUGAGUCACAGUUAAAACCAAUUCUUAUUUAUCAAAUAUUUGGCCUUAAUGCAGCCUCUCAGUUCAUCCUCUGUUUGAAAAAACUCACUUUACCUACUUUCCGACUUCCCUUAAGACACCUUUCUUCUGGUUUGUGUGCCUGUGAUAGUCAUAUUAGGAACAUCCUUUCUGUAGGAUAUCAUACAAAGGAAUAGAGCAAACUGGCAGAAACAAAGCAUUUAGAGCAAUCUGAAGUCCAAAGUCUAAAUUUUGGCUCACUUGAACAAGUUUAGCAUAGGUUCAUGUUACACUUACAACAAAAAAAUUAUUUUAUUGACUGAGCUUCUCCACUAGCUAGCUACAGCUAUCAGUUAGCACGCUCAGACGUUUAUAAAUAUACUUUCCCCAAAUUCAUUCAAAUUCUCUGCUGAAUAAAAUUAUGCAUAACCACAAGGGAAUAUUACGUCCAUAAUAGGCAAAGGGCCCAGAUGAAAUAUAAAGAUUUUUUGACUGAGUUGUGCUAACACAUCCCUGGCUAGCUAGCAUAACUGUAGCUAGCCCAGCAGGUAAAACAGUUUACCCAUACCUCUGUUCAUGUAGGUCUAAGGGCUUGUGAGUAGUUUCUACAAGUUUCUAAAGCUACAAAAACGGUUCCACCAAACCAGGUUCU